UAUAUAUCUACGAUCAAAUCUGAAAUUUUUUUAUCGAUGAAAUUAUGAGAAAGAACAUGGCAGAGCAAGAAUUAAAAGUAUCAGGCGAUACUAAUGACGAGAAUGACGGAAACCAACAUCAAUAUGGGGAUACUCAAAAAUCUGAUAUAAAAGUUAAGCGAACUGUUGGAUUAGCUGGGGGUAUUUCUUUAAUAGUUGGAACUAUGAUCGGGUCUGGCAUAUUCGCCUCUGCUAGUUCUGUAUCCAGCAACUCGGGCAGUGUUGGUAUGUCGUUGAUAGUAUGGGCGGCUUGUGGUGUUUUAGCUAUGUGUGGUGCAUUGUGUUUCAUAGAACUGGGAUUAAUGAUUCCCAUCUCAGGAGGAGCGUACUGUUAUUUGAAAGAAGCAUUCGGAGAUUUGCCAGCAUUUUUAUACAUCUAUACUACAAGUCUUUUGUUAAAACCAGCUAGUAUCGCUGCUAUAGUUAUGGCAUCUGGAAAUUAUGUUGUCGAACCAUUUUAUGGAUCAAAUUGCGUUAACGAAGACAAGAUUGCAACAUCAAAAAUACUAGCGACUUUAUUUCUAGGUGUGUUAGGCCAGUACUUUCCUUUCAUUGUCACAAAUAGAUUAGGAGUCAAUAAUUGUAAAAUUUGUAUUAUUGUAUUCGUGAAUUGCGCAAGCACAAGAUGGGCGACUAAAGUUCAAAUCGUUUUUACCGUUGCAAAACUUGGCGCCAUAUUUAUUAUUAUUGUUACUGGAUUGGUAAGACUGGCCCAAGGUAAUGAUAUUAUAAUCUUAAAUAUUAUUAACAACGACAAGAAUAUCAGAUAUAUCAGAUAUGCUUUUUAUGGUGGAUUAUGGGCCUACGAUGGAUGGCAAAAUUUAAAUUUUAUUACAGAAGAGUUAGCCAACCCUAUUAGAGAUUUACCGCUCUCUAUUCUGAUUGGUCUUCCGUUGGUCACGUGUUGCUACGUGCUUAUAAAUAUUGCAUACUUUGCGGUUUUGACAGGUGCCGAAGUUUCAAAUUCGUCUGCCGUAGCUGUGACGUUAGCCAACAGAAUGUAUGGAUAGCUAAUGGCGUGGAUUAUACCAGUAUUGGUGGCAUGUUCCACUUUUGGUGCUGCAAAUGGUACAGCUUUUACUGGAGGAAGGUAUAUUUAUUUCUCCAUAAUACUUCCAAUUACCAAUACAUAAUCCAGCAAUUUACAAAAAUCCCCAAC